AUGGAGGCGUGCAAGAUUGUUGAAGGGCAAAGGUACUCUAAGAAACUGAAUGACAAGCAGGUCACCAACAUACUUAGAACUACCUGUCAACGUCCCCAGCUGAGGGAGCAAAGCAUUCGUGAGAUGGUUCUGCACAACAAGUAUGCUGAGGACAAGUUUGCUCAAGAGUUUGAAAUCAAUGUCUGCAGUGACCUGGUCUCUGUUCCAGCCCGUGUGCUGCCUCCCCCCAUGUUGAGAUAUCAUGAUUCUGGAAAGGAGAAAACUUGUGCGCCAAGUGUUGGACAGUGGAACAUGAUUAACAAGAAAAUGAUCAAUGGAGGAAUCAUAGACAACUGGGCCUGUGUGAGUUUUUCACGCAUACCUCCUGAGGAGGUACACAGGUUCUGUUGUGAUCUGAUUCAGAUGUGCAAUAUGACUGGAAUGUCUGUCAAUCCAAGGCCACUUGUAGACAACCGAUCAGCUAGCCCCAACCACAUCGAGAAUGCCUUGAGGGAUGUAUACAGGAGGACUACCGAAAUGCUUGGAAAACAGGGAAGCGAAAAACAGCUACAACUGUUAAUUGUAAUCCUACCUGAAGUCAGUGGUUCUUAUGGGAAAAUCAAGAAGGUUUGUGAGACUGACCUUGGGAUCGUGUCUCAGUGCUGCCUGCCAAGGCAUGCUGCCAGACCAAACAAGCAAUAUUUGGAGAAUGUUGCACUCAAAAUCAAUGUGAAGGUCGGAGGACGCAACACAGUUCUGGAGAGAGCUUUUGUGCGAAAUGGCAUACCGUUUGUGUCCGAAGUCCCAACAAUCAUCUUUGGUGCUGAUGUUACACACCCCCCACCUGGAGAGGACUCUGCAUCAUCAAUUGCUGCGGUGGUGGCAUCAAUGGACUGGCCAGAGAUCACCAAGUACAGCGGUCUUGUCUCUGCUCAACCACACAGGCAGGAGAUAAUUGAAGACCUCUUCAGUGUGACCAAAGAUCCACAGAGGGGUAAUGUCAAUGGUGGCAUGAUAAGGGAGUUACUGAUUGCCUCCCGCUGGAACACAGGCCGGAGGCCUGAGAGGAUACUCUUCUACAGGGAUGGCGUAAGUGAAGGCCAAUUCGGCCAUGUUCUGCUUCAUGAAAUGGACGCAAUCAGGAAGGCCUGUGCCUCUUUGGAGGAGGGGUAUAUGCCCCCAGUCACCUUUGUGAUUGUCAGGCAUCACGCCAGGCUGGAUAUCCCUGAGGUUCCUGGGAGGUGUGAUAUGACUGACAAGAGUGGGGACAUACUUCCAGGAACGUUGGCUGAUAAAUCAGAAUUUGAUUUCUACUUGUGCAACAAUGCUGGCACUCAGGGAACCAGCAGUUCAACACAUUACCAUGUUCUUUAUGAUGAGAAUCACUUCACAGCCGAUGCGCUUAAGUCGCUGACCAACGAUCUCUGCUACACGCCGCACUCGCGCAGUCUCUGUUGUGAGAGGGCCAUGUGGAGGUGCGCCAGCUCCCAAAGAUCAAGGACAACGUCAAGGACGUCAUGUUCUACUGCUGAGCUCCUGUGGAGCUGUUCCUUGUGCGUGUGUGUGAGAGAAGCCUAA